CACCGCGUAGUAUCAAUAACUAAAAUUUCGUAAACAGAUAAGACGUGAACGAGCGGAUCUGUUCAUUCGUUGCUUUACUUAAAGCUUAUGCCAUUUUUAUUGUGCUAUUUUUGAACAUGUUUUUUGUGAAGGGAUUAGGUAAUUUUAAGCAUCUAAAUGUGGCCGUUAAAGAUAUGCUAUCGAAAAAUGGCCUCGUCCGAACACUAGUCACUUCCUCUAUAUUGGCGAAAAAGGUAUCUUUUAAUCUAUCAGACAUCGGGGAAGGUAUCAGAGAAGUAGUAGUGAAAGAUUGGUUCGUGAAACCUGGAGAUAAGGUAUCCCAGUUUGAUAACAUUUGUGAAGUGCAAAGUGAUAAGGCUUCAGUUACAAUAACAAGUCGAUAUGACGGGGUUAUCACAAAAUUGUAUUACCAGGUGGAUGAUGUAGCCCUCGUUGGGCAACCGCUUAUAGAUUUGGAGACUGAUGAAAAUUCUGACACUAAUGAUGCACCUACCCCCCAAUCAAAUCCACUUAGCGUACAAUCGAGUAAUAAAACAGAAGAACCUCCAACGGCAUUUAACCAUGAGAAAGAAAAAGAACCUGCUGAAACUUCAGCGUUAGCAGAUGAUACAUCUUCAGUUUUUUGCAUUCCAUCUGUUAGACGUUUUGCUAAAGAGCAUAAAUUGGACCUGUCAAAAAUAAAAGGAUCUGGUAAAGGGCAACGUAUACUCAAAGAGGAUCUCCUUAAAUAUAUAGAAAUAAGUUCCACUGAAAAAAAUCAAGAAAUAAGGACACAUUUACAACCUGUAUUUUUAAAUCAGGAUGAUAUAAAAGUGGAACCUAUUAAGGGAUUUACUAAAGCGAUGGUAAAAACUAUGACCGAAGCAUUGAAAAUACCUCACUUUGGAUACAGCGAUGAAAUAAGAGUAACCAAGUUAUCAAAACUUCGAAAAGAACUCAAGCAGCUUCCAGAUCUAGAUGUAAAAAUAACAUUCUUGCCAUUUUUCAUCAAAGCAGCGUCAAACGCUCUUAAAAGGUACCCAAUAAUAAAUUCUUCCCUUGACGGAAAAUGUGAAAACAUCAUUUAUAAAAAACAUCACAACAUAGGAAUUGCUAUGGAUACUAAUCAGGGACUUGCUGUGCCCGUUAUUAAAAAUGUGGCAGAGCUCACCAUCAUAGAUAUUGCCCAAGAAAUUACUAGACUUAUAGCUUCUGGACGAAGUGGUAAUUUUGCGCCAAGUGAUUUAAGCGGAGCUACUUUUUCAAUAUCUAACAUAGGAAUUAUAGGCGGAACCUACACCAAACCAGUAAUUCUACCUCCACAAGUAGCAAUUGUUGCGAUAGGGAAAACUCAUGUGGUGCCACGAUUCGAUGAUGCAGGCAAUAUUAUUAGAGAAGAAAUAAUUAACAUUAGCGGAUCAGCGGAUCAUAGGAUUAUCGACGGGGUGACAAUGGCAAACUUUAUUACUACACUAAGAAAACAGCUGGAAAAUCCUAAUUUACUGUUUUUGAAUUUAUAACGACCCUAAAAUUCAGUUUAAUAUAAUACUCAUCUUUC